AGCGCGGCCCUGUCGCUGCCGCGGUCGGAGGCGCAGCCGUGCCCCGGCCCGACGCGGGGCCGCCGUCUCGCCCGUCACAGGCGGCCCGGCCCGGCGGCCAGCGCGGGGCUCAUGGCCCAGUUCUAGGUCCAAUGAUUAGUUCUGUGACAAGACAGCAUGACACUUUGAGUAUGACAGAAGCCCUGAUGCUGCAGCAGAGGCUGGGAGUAUUAAUGGCCAAAUCUAGAGAUCAGAUGGUCUUCUAAAGAAGUCAUGGGUAGCUGUUGUAGCUGUCCAGAUAAAGAAACUGUCCCAGAUAACCAACGAAACAAGUUUAAGGUUAUUAAUGUGGAUGACGAUGGUAAUGAACUGGGUUCUGGCAUAAUGGAACUUACAGAUACAGAACUAAUUUUGUACACCCGUAAAAGGGACUCUGUAAAAUGGCACUACCUCUGUCUCCGUCGCUAUGGCUAUGACUCAAAUCUUUUCUCUUUUGAAAGCGGUCGAAGGUGUCAAACUGGACAAGGAAUCUUUGCCUUUAAGUGUGCCCGGGCAGAAGAGCUGUUUAACAUGUUACAAGAGAUAAUGCAGAAUAAUAGCAUAAAUGUGGUAGAAGAACCAGUAGUAGAAAGGAAUAAUCAUCAAACUGAUUUGGAAGUACCAAGAACCCCUCGAACACCUACCACUCCUGGGUUCAAUGCACAAAGUUUACCCAAUGGCUAUCCCAGAUACCCAUCUUUUGGAGAUGCUUCAUCACACCCUUCCAGCAGACAUCCUUCUGUCGGCAGCGCACGCCUCCCCUCUGUCGGUGAAGAAUCAACACAUCCUUUACUUGUAGCAGAGGAGCAAGUGCACACUUACGUAAACACUACUGGAGUACAAGAGGAAAGAAAAAAUCGAUCAAGUGUGCAUGUGCCACUGGAAUCAAAGCUUUCAAACACUGAAACAACUAAAGUGAAAGAAGAUCAGAUGUGUACUGAUGACAGAGAUGCUCAGGUUCUCCUGGAGCCUGAAGGAGUGAAGUUUGUUUUAGGACCAACACCUGUUCAAAGGCAGUUAAUGGAAAGAGAGAAACUGGAACAACUUGGGAGAGAUCAAGUUAGUGGAAGCAGCACAAACAACACUGAAUGGGACACUGGGUACGACAGUGAUGAACGUAGAGAGACACCAUCUGGUAACAAAUUGGUGUAUGAAAAUAUAAAUAGGUUAUCCAUCCCUAGUGCCUCAGGGGUCAGGAGAGGUCGCUUGACAUCAACCAGUACCUCAGACACCCAGAACAUUAACAACUCUGCUCAGAGAAGAACUGCGCUGCUGAACUACGAGAACUUGCCAUCCUUGCCUCCUGUUUGGGAAGCCCGCAAGCUGAGCAGAGAUGAAGAUGACAGUUUAGGACCAAAGACCCCGUCUCUGAAUGGCUACCACAAUAACCUAGAUCUGAUGCAUAACUAUGUCAAUACAGAGAAUGUAACAGUACCAGCAAGUGCUCAUAAAGUCGAAUUUACACGACGUCGGGACUGUACCCCAACAGUCUUUAACUUUGACAUUAGGCGUCCAAGUUUAGAACACAGGCAGCUCAACUAUAUACAGGUUGACUUGGAAGGUGGUAGUGACUCUGACAACCCUCAGACUCCGAAAACCCCCACCACUCCACUUCCGCAAACUCCAACCAGGCGCACAGAGCUGUAUGCUGUGAUAGACAUUGAAAGAACUGCUGCUAUGUCGAGCUUGCAAAAAGCACUGCCCCGAGAUGAUGGUACUUCUAGGAAAACUAGACAUAACAGUACUGAUCUGCCUAUGUGAGCCUGGGGAGCAUUGAAUCAUUUGCACCUUUUGUGAAGUUUAUAAAAUUGAAGAUGCGAGUACUUUGCAUUUCUUAACACUAACGCCUUUUAUAGACUAACAGAACUUUUUCUGCAUACUUCAUGUACUUGUCUUACUAAAGGGAAUUAAUGUAGAGCAAGUAUUCAUUUUAGGUAACACUAUUUCAUUCUACAGUAGAAGUAAUUACUGCAUAGCAGCAUCACCACCUUUCACAGUGCCUCUUUAAUUGAUUAGAGUCUGAGUGACAUGUCAGUUAUGAAUUUAUAAAUAUUCUGGUCUGGUGCCUAUACUCAUUAAUGGCAUUUAUAACACUUUUUAAAGCCUCUUGAUAUGUGCAUUAUUAGCAGGUAAACUUAAUCUUUCAGUAUACAUACCUGACAUUCAUUCCUCGUUGAAGUGGUUCCUCCAGAAUUAAAUGUGUGUAAUGCAUUAAUUCACUCUGUUUGACAUACACAAGAUAUAUUGGUUCAUCUCAAGGAAUAUAAACACCACACCUUUUUUGUCUGCGGGCAAGAAGGCCUCUAAUUCCUGACAGUUUUCUUGACACAUUGAUGGUUGUUGAUCAGAACUAUAAACACAUCAAAAAACAGCUUUAAGCUCCUUCUCUUAAAAUAGAAUUCCAAGUGACAUAUCAAAUUCCCUCUGAAAUCUGACAAAAUUUUAAUCUCAUCAAAGUUUUGGGGUUUUUUGUGAAGGAAUUCACAGGUGGGCUGUUUGAAUUAAGGCUCUCUUGUCAUUUCUUAGUUCAGUGUGCCUUCUUUUCUUUGCAUUUGUGUGUUUACUUUUUAUUUGUUCCAUAAUGUCUUGUUUUAAAAGUCAAAAUAAUGUACAUAGCUUUAAUUGUUCAGGGUCAUCUAUGUAUUUGUCUUACUCUCUGCAUUUGACAAAGCAAGACUCUUGAAGGUCAAA